AUGACAGAGGGGCGACUGGUGGCGAACAUCAACAUCGGUAUCCUUGGUCAUGUCGACAGCGGCAAAACAUCACUUGCCAAAGUGCUCUCCUCCACCGCCUCCACUGCGGCGUUUGACAAGAGUCCAGAGAGCCGGCGGCGCGGCAUCACGCUUGAUCUUGGCUUCAGCGCCUGUUGCAUAUCGACGGCGACUGUUGCACCGCCUUUGCACGCGGCAGGGGUCGAGCAGGUACAAUGCACGUUUGUUGACUGCCCGGGCCACGCAUCGCUCAUCCGCACUAUCCUGGGAGGGGCACAAAUCAUUGACAUCAUGAUUCUUGUCGUUGAUGCGAGUAAAGGAAUACAGACACAGACUGCGGAGUGUUUAGUGAUUGGCGAAGUUCUUUGCAAGCCACUCGUAGUAGUGAUCAACAAAAUCGAUGCGGUGCAGGGCGCAAACCCGGCAGAGAAGCGUGCGUCUCUUGAUAAGUUACGCAAGCGUCUUCAAAAGACAUUUGGACAGACGCGUUGGCCUUCUGUCCCAAUGGUGGAAGUCGCUGCUGCUCCACGUGGGGACACAUUGGAAACGGCAGCAGUCGAAGAAGGAAAUGGACCAAAGCCUAUUAACGUGGAGAAUGUAAUUUCUGCUGUCUUAGAACUUGUGGAUGUGGCGGCUGUGAAAGAGCAGCUGGAGGCGCCGCUCCACUCGGAGGAGUUUGUAAUGAUGUUUGAUCACUGCUUUGCGCUCAAGGGACAGGGUACUGUUUUCACCGGCACCGUGCUUCGAGGCCAGGUGAACGUGGGUGACAGUGUCCUCCUCCCUGAGUUGCAGGUGGUGAAGAAGGUAAAGGGACUGCAGGUGUUCCACAAGCCGGUGCAAUUUGCUAGGCGUGGUGACCGUGUUGGUUUGUGUGUGGUGCAAUUCAGUUCAGAAGGGAUUGAGCGAGGCCUUUUGUGUAAUGCGCAGAGCAAGCGAGGGGAGCCGUUGUUGGAAAGUGCGUCUGUUAUGAUUGCAGAGGUGAACCGCGUACGAUUUCAUCAGCUGCCGUGUGACUCUCAUACGAAGUUCCACGUGACGAUCGGGCAUGCGACAGUGAUGGCGACUAUGAAGUACUUCAGCCGCCCUACGGCACUGGCGGCGGACGACACGGGUGGCGGGUUCGACCUCGCACAGGAGAGCCUCUAUGUGGAAGAGCUUGGUGAUGACACAUGUCUCACAUUCGCCGCAGUGGAGCCGCAGCCACGGCCUGGGCAACCCGUUGCGCUGCGGCGCGGAGCCGUGACGUACUACGCCGUCAUCCUUCUGGAGCGGCCCACGAUGGCGGCUGUCGGCACACCGCUGAUCGCCGCACGGCUCGACAUGGAGCGGGAGAACAUGUGCCGCAUUGCGAUUGCCGGCACCGUGCGGGCGCUGCUCCCCGCCGAUGUGGGCGAUUCGUCGACGUCAUUCUGGCGAACACUGCCAAUUGUCCGCUUCAAGACGAGAGCGCUGGUUGUGGAGCGCGUCGUGAACGAGAGAACGUGCAUUGCUAGCGGUGUGGUGUAUACCGAAGCCCCAUACACAAGUGGCGGCAACGGCAGUAAGACGAAGGAGAAGGACGCAAUGCACGCAGAGGUCCAGAAGUUUAUUGGAUUGCGAGUGCACUUUCGCCCCACAUCAGGCGAGGGAAAAAGUGAUCUUGUCACUUCUGUUGACCCCAGAGGCGUGAAGGAAGGCACCAUCGACUCCGCAUUUGGAAAGAUGGGGAAGGUAAAGCUCGUCUUCAAGGAACCAGUGUUCUGUGUUCAGGACGUGCCUUCAACCGAAGGAAGAAAAAAACGAAGCGAUGUGGCGUUUCUCACUGAUGGCGUGAUUGAGCUCACACUGAAGAAGUACCCGCUCGCUGUUCAUAGCCACCUCCAGCAGUGA